AUGGCUUCCGACCAGCUGGCAUGCACCAACCCCUGUGAAGCAAAAUGCCCCCAGCCCCUGGCCACCAGCAGCAAUGAACCCUGCGUUGUGGCCUGCGGUGACUCCCGGGUGAUUAUAUACCCCCCACCGGUUGUUGUCACCUUCCCAGGGCCCAUCCUCACCACCUAUCCACAGCAAACCGUCGUGGGAGCCUCAGAGCCCACCGAGGUGGCGCUGGCAGAGCCCUCCACCGCAGCGCCUCUGCCAGCAGAAGUGACAGGGAGGCUGGAGGCAGCAGUUGAGAAACUUGCCCCCCAGGUCAUUGCCCGCCCUGAGCCACGGUGUGCCCCUAAAUAUUCCUACACCUAUUCCUCCCAAUGGACACAUCCAUGCAAUUCAUACCGCUCCGGGAAACGGUGGACGUACUAA